AUGGCCCUCAAUCUUCAUCUGCCGUCCUAUUUUUUCCUCCUUGCCCUGCCUCUUGCCUUGGGCGAGGCCUCGCCAGUUGCCAGAAAAUCGAAUAAAAAGAAUCAAUCACAGAGUGUUUCCACUGAUAAGACUGGAAACAUUAUUGCCAUCGUCGGCCUCGCUCUCGUGAUCAUCGUCAUUGGCAUCAACAUCCUCAUUGCCUAUAAGCUUAGACAACACGAGAAUCAGAAGCAGGAGCGGCUCGCAGCUACAGAGAGCAGUGCAACCCUGACCCCUCUGACCCCUCAAACCUCUCGAGUCUGGGAGCCUCCUGCUUGGACACCACCUCAAGCUCCUGGAUCCGUGACGACAAUCACUGCAACAAGGCCCUCGAACUGA